AUGAACAAACGGGAAGUCUCUGCUAAAAACUUCACCGUCCACAGCGUCCACUGCCAGAGGAACAUCGCUAUAUGUACUCUUUGUAGCGAACCCGUCCCUCGCUCCCACUACCAACAGCAUGUGGAAACCAGUCACAAGAGUAUCCAGUGCUCCAAGUGCGAAGCUCAUCUGGAACCCCUUCAACUCUUUGCCCACGAGAAGGAGGAGUGCCCACGACGCCUCAUGAAGUGCCAACACUGUGAACUGGAGGUGAUCGCCCAGGAGUUCCAACGCCACGUCGACUACUGUGAGUCUCGGACGGAACUCUGCAAGGGCUGCACUAAGUAUGUUCAGUUCAAACACCUUCAGUUCCACUACGAGUAUGAUCACAAAUACCUCACGCCCGAGGAGAAGGACCAGGAAAACAGUUCUGACGAAGAGGGGUCGGAGUGCCCCAUUUGCCUGGGCCCCGUGACCCUGCCCCUCGUGCUAGAGUGCGGCCACACCUUCUGCAUGGUGUGCGUGAAGGGCAUCGCCAACACCACCAAGAACUGCGCCAUCUGUAGGAGAGACAUUCCUCGAGAUAUGCUCAUGGAUAUUAGAUUCUGUCGCGAGGAAGACAUUAUUAAGAACUACGUCAAUAAACCUCGAGAGAAGAAAACCCAGCGAAGUCACAGCGUCCCGAGUAGGACUUCAUCCUCAUUCAGCAGUUCCUCACGACGCGUUGCUCGAACCACACAGGACUACGAUGACAUGGUGUCCGCCCUCCUGUCGAGUCGCACGUCCUCCACCUCCUACAGGUACCAGCGCCCCGCCAACACGCACACGCCUCCGUCCUACACUCCUUACUCCGGCUCCGAGUCAUGCAAGGACUCCUGCAAGGACACAGACUCCAAGGACGACGACUGCUGCUGUUCCUCGUCCAAGUCCACCUCGUCGUCCUCGUCCACCUCCGCCACCGCCACGUCCACCUCCACCACGGCGUCCACAGCGCGCACCACCUCCACCUCCACCACCAGCUCUGUGUCUAAGCCUCCGCCAGCCUCCUCCGUGUCGACCUCCAGUUCCAUCUCCUCCGAAACCUCGAGGUCCACCUCGGUUUCGUCGUCGAGUACCAGCAAAACGUCCUCCUCCGUGAGCACCCGGUCCGUGGCCAGCUCCUCAUCUACCUCCGCGACAACUACCUCCUCCUCCGAAUCCUCGUCCUCAACCACGGCCUCGAGCUCUUCUUACUCGUCGUACUCCAACGGUGCUCGUCCUCGGAGGCCGACCUCUCUCGCCCUUGAGACGACGGCGGUCAUGUCUUCCGUCUCGGCCUCCGUCUCGUCCUCAUCAAGUUCCUCUCGUUCAAGCGGCUCUCGCGACGUCGAGCCGCCAGCGAACGCAACUCAAGAACAGUACGACAGGUGGCUUGCCUUCCAGCUUGCCAAGGCCGAGGACGAUCUGCCUCCUUCAGAGUUCAACAAGAAGCACCGACCGACCUUCAGGAGGUCCCUCUCCAUGCCAGAGCGUGCGCAGGACAGCUCUUCCGACAGCAGUGACUCGGAGGAUUCUGAUUCGCCAAGGUCUCGCAGGAGCUCCCGGCGUCCCCCGGCGUCUCCUCGCACUGUCACAAACUCGUCGUCGUCGUCGUCGUCCUCUUCUUCCAGCAGGAGUACCCCCAUCAGCAAAUCCUCGAGCGAUUCUAACGCCUCCAGCAGCACCAGCAACAGCGGCAGCGCCCUCAGCACAGGCGCUCGGCCCAAGAAUGCCGGCCUCAAGAAGAGAGUGUCCUUCAAGGAAGACGGACCCGCCAUUCGUCGCGAGGCGCCCGUGAUGCUGCCGUGCGAGUUCUGCGACGAGAUGUUCGCCGAGCGCGACCUCAUGCGGCACCAGACCAGCUGCGAACAGAACGAGACGCAGCUUCCUCGUGCCUCGCGCAUCGCCCAGCGCGCGGCGGCAGCGGCAGCUGCAGCCGCCAUGAGCUCCAGCACGUCCACGACCUCCUCCUCCGGAAUCACGACCACCACCUCCUCGAACACUACCGUUGAGACCUCCUCCUCCUCGAUCCAGUCCAGGAUCCAGGGCACAGCCUCGUCCUCGCCGAGAAGGAGUCCCGCCCCCACGCCCCCCACCCCCGGCAGGACCCCGACGCCGGUGUGCGCGCCGCCCAGGAAAGCCACGGCGCCCUCCAAGAGCCCCGCGCCCGUCCCGCCUAGGAGUCAGUCGUCUGGCUCCUCGAGGAGAAGUCCCACUCCUGCCUCCCCGGGCCCCUCAAGGAGCUAUUCCUCAGGAUGGAGGAGUUCGAGGGACACGUCUCGCGGCAGCCCGGUGAGCACGCCCACCAGUCCUCCGCCCAGCUGUCCGCCCUCGAUCAGCCCGCCGCCCGUCAGCCCGCCGCCCACCACCACCAUCACCAUCGUCGACCAGAAGCCGUCGGUCGUGGUGUCCCCGAGCCAGAGCGCGGGCAGCAACAGGCCCUUCAGCGUCAGCCCGGCGCCCUCGAGUUCGACGAGCAACAGCUCCGUCAGCAGCGGAUCCAUGAGCAGUAGUUCCGUCUCAACCACGCCCUCCACCAGCAGUUCGGCCUCGCCCGUGCCGGCCAUCAGUGCCACGCCCGAGCUGGCACCCCCGGACACCCCGACGACUGACCUCGAGUACGACUACGAGGACGAGGACGGCCCCUUCAUGCGGCCAAGACGCGGCCGCCUCCUGUCCUCAGCCAUCUUCUCGUGGCGCAGCAUCUCGGGCAGCAGAAGGGGGUACACGCGCUCCAACACAGCCCCUCUGGAAGACACUGGCGCUGACGAAGACACGACGCAGGUGCAGCCAGUCAUCACCAGCCGCUCGGCGACACAGCUGCCCGCACACCGCCCGAGUCCAGAUAUCGAGACCGCAGGCUCGUCGCAGCCUUCCUCUUCCUCCCCGCAGCCAACCACAGCGUCACAGAAAACCACGUCGCCGCCGCCCUCCGCCCCCGACACACAGACGAAGCCGCCGUCCGCGUCCCCUCAGCCGGCGCAAGAGCACGCGGAUACCGUCUUCAUCAAGAACCCGCACAAGUACCGGGCUCCUCCUCCCCCGCAGACGCCGCCCAACCUGCCCAACGUGCCCAACCUGCAGCAGAAGGUGUCCCCUUCGCCCACCGCCAACAUCAACGGCUACAUCAAGAGUCCGACGCCGUGGGAGAAGGCCUUCAUGAGCAACAAGGCCACCAGCCCGCCGCCCGCGACCUCGCCCACGCCCGCGCAGGAGAAGACGCUGGCCAACGGAUACGUGAACGGCGUCAUCAAGUUCGACAGCAAGACCAUGAUGAACGGCCACAUGUCCAAGGAGAUCGAGGAGUUAAUACCCUGUGAAUUCUGCAAACAGGUGUUCUCUCCCGAUAAGUUUCGAAGCCAUCAGACCAUGUGUGAGGCCGCGCUCCAGCCGCCCCCCCUUCGGAGCACCGCGCCCUUGGAGCAGCCCGCCACGCCGAAGGGCAGGACCUCAGCCCCAGCGCGCCACAACAAGGGACCUGCGCCGUCUCCGCCGGAGUCCUUCAGCAAGGACGACGACGCCGCCGGGGACGUCUAUGAGGCGCAGCGCAUCAGGCGAAUGGAGAGGUCGCAGUCCGUCAAGGACGACCGCUCGUCCUUCAGCGACGGCAUCCGCGUGUCCCGUCGUCUCGAGCGUGCCUCUAGCAUCAAGGAGUCGAGGACCUUCUACGGCGACAACGCCAGCCUCUCCCGCCGCUGGGGAUCUCGAGAGGUCGUGCACAGCAACAGUAUGGAGUCCUCGGCGUCUCUCGCGUCCGGCGGCUGGGGCGGCAGCACCAGUAACCUCUUCAGCUCCUACGCAGGAGGACACAGCUGGACACAACACAUCAACAGCGUGCGCAGUGAUGUGAGGUCGCUGAACGCCGCUGCGAACUGCGCGUCUUCCUCCGGGCCAUAUUACGAUAACGGAGGUGACUCAGAUAACGGAGGUGAACUAGAUUCAGAGAUGUGUGGUGUAGAUAGAGGUAGAACGCGAUACAACAAUACCCUACUGAUGGAGGUUCGGGCGGCGCUAAACAAGAAUACUUUCUCCCACGUCGCUAAUGAGUCUGGAACAAGGUACAGAGAACGAAGCUCCAGUAGACCGCGGCCAGCAUCCAUGUACACAAGCAGUGGUACCUGGGGAUCCAUGUUUGACCUCUCCUCCCCUACCAGGUCCUUCAACAUUUCCGACGCCUUCUCCAGCGCUUCCUUGGCAUCGAAGCUCCCGAAGAAGUCGCCGAAGAAGUACCCGGCGCCCCAGCCCCCCUCGCGCCCUUCGUGACACAAAGGAGGACGAGUGGAUACCGGAAGCGGGCGCCGUGCGGAUCAGCGGAGGGAGAGCAAGCGCGGAUGAGAAGAAGAAGAAGAAGAAGGAGAAAGGAGGAGAAAGGAGAUAGGAGGAGAAGGAGGACGAGGAAGACCCGAGUGGUGGCGUCGGCGGGGAACUGUAUCUGGCGGAGGUGCUGACGGAGGCUCGGGAGGGAGAGACGUCUCUCUGAUCUCCGAGGAUUUGUAGCUCGAUGCCCAGACGCUCUCGGCUCGCAUUCGUGACGCAGGGCAGGGCAGGGCAGGACUGGUUCAUUUGCAUAACUAUUUAUCUUAUUAUAUUUUUCAUUUAUUUAUCUAUUUAUUUAUUUAUUUAUUAUUAUUAUUUUACUUUGAAGGAGACAAGACGAUCUACCUUGUCGACUUUUUUUUUUCGUCUUGGAUUCCCCUCUCCUCUCUUUGCUUCAAACGACCACCUUGAAGCAACACUAUAAACAUCCCGCUGCGGUCGACUCUAUGAAAGGACAGGGACUCUGUAUCUCUACGAAGACUCUAUCGAAGGACAGGGACUCUGUACCUCUACGAAGACUCUAUCGAAGGACAGGGACUCUAUCUCUACGAAGACUCUAUCGAAGGACAGGGACUCUGUAUCUCUACGAAGACUCUAUCGAAGGACAGGGACUCUGUAUCUCUACGAAGACUCUGUAGAAGGGCAGAGUCGUCGGUCACCGCCUCUCUCCGUCCUUUGAUCUCGGACUCGUUCACAAAUCACGAUCGACUCAGGCGCGUGGCUUCCUCCUCUCCCUCCUCCUCCUCCUCCUUCCCUUGGUCGAGUCAGAGCUGCUCUUAUCUCUCUAUCUGUUCACUUGUAUCUCAUGUUUCAUAUCCUUCGUGGAGAAACAAAAUCUUGGGUGAUAUCAAGUGAUGUCUGUGUGUGGUCGCGCCAACACUGCCAAUAUAUUUUAUGCUUAUACUGCGUAACAUACAACCCUUCCUGUGGACUGCCAUGACGUUAGGUGCUGUGACCUAAUGCUAACUGCCAUACUAUUUUGAAGUUGUGCGGGUGUUCCUCUCCCUAAUAUUCGCGACACACCCUGAGGGCAAUAGCCAAAUCGUGGUGCUGAUUCUUAUUGUAUUAAGUGACGAAUCUUUGAUACAUUUUCCAUUUUUUUACACCCAUUACCGAGCUUUAAAAAUGAGAAAAAAAAGAAAAAAAAAAGUCUUGAUGAUAUCUGUAAUGGUAAUCCGCACGAAGUACAGCUAGGAUUUUUUUCGACGUGAAGAAAUCGCUAUAUUAGUGAGCACUUAUCAUCCUCAUUAUCUGAUCCCAAGAAAACACACUUUUCCUAAUUGCUAAUGGCCUUUUUUUGAGAAAGAGGAGACGCGAGACGGUAACUAGACGCCAGGUCUCUGCCUGGUGAUUCUUCCAAGCUCUCCUGAUGCUUACCUUUGCUCUUGGAAAAGAUCUGAGAAGCUGGCGAUGCCUCCUUACUCUCUGCGUAUCUGGAGCUUCAUCAGCCAGGACCAGAUCGUCUCUUGUGCAAGGAAUUUAUACCAUGCGUGUGUCUCUGGAUUCCCUCUCGUCUGCUUUGGGGAAAUUUCUGAUUAUUGUGCAGAAUCAUCAAGCAUUCCCCCCCUCCUCCUUGUUCUCUU